AUGACGAAGGAUGGCAGAAAGCGGAGAAAGCGCGACGGCGACGACGGCGAGAGCGACGGAGAGGAGGGCGGGAAGGGGAGGCGAGGCGAGGAGGGAGGGAGGGAGAGGAAAGUAAGGAAGGAGAAGGAGCGAAAAGGAGGGCGACUCGAGAAAGGUGAGAGGCGACGGAAACGACGGGAGAAGAAGCGACGGUCUUUAAGCAACGAUGACGCCUCGAGCUCUGAUUGGUCGGGCUCCAGCGGAGGUAGCAGCAGUAGUCUGAGCGAGAGCAGCAGCGAUGCGGAUUCUGAUUCGUCGUCAGGUGAUCGCAAGAAGCGUGAGCGGCGGCGGGAGAAGCGGGAGAAGCGGGAGAAGCGGGGAAAGGAGAAGGAGAAGCGAAGAAAGAAGGAAGGAGGGAGGGAGCACGAAGAGGAUAAUGGGUCGGCAGAGGACCGGUUGGAGCGGGAUUUGCGGCGGAUGAUGCGGGAGUUCCCGUUGGACGUGUCGCACGACCUCGUGCGCCUCCUCGAGCGCGUCGACGGCGGUGAGGCGGUCGACGUUGGCGGCAUCCCGGACCGCCGCCUCAAGAAGCUUCUCGGAAGCAUCUUCCGCUCGCUGGGGAUAGAUUCCCAAGGCAAGAGCAAAGGCCGAGGCGGUAAGAGCAAGCGCGCCUCGUCGUCCUCGCGCGCUUCGUUGUACCAGCUUCCCAGCGCGGCCCCGCGAUGCCUGCCACGUGUCGUGCCGCUAGUGGCCAAGCUGCUGCAGAAUCUUCCAGAUCCCGAAUCUGCUGCUGCUGCUGCUGGGGCUGAAAAAGGUGGCGGUAGGGGGAAGGGGGAAGAGCGCGGAGAGGGGAGGGAAGGCGGAAGCGACCUGGCGGAAGGGGGAGGAAGGGGAGGCGACGAAGCGGCAGUG